CCUUCACGGAAACCAUCUUUUAGAAUAAAUCCCGGCAGAGACUAGCCACGUGGCGAGCGGCUAUUGGUGGAGCGUGGCACGCCACGGUGCGUGGUCAGCCGGUUACGGCUUUUCGAUGUGACAAAAGAAGAAGACGACAUUGUAAUUAAAAAUAAAACAAAAAAAACAAAUUUUAUAUAACCUUGUAACACUUGAAACGAUCUCUGAAAUGAUCGUACUCCGAAUUAAGAUAGUUGUGAUCUGAGUUGCCAAGUUUCGGAAUUUGGAUAAACAAAGAUAGUAUGAGCGUUUUAUCGAUGGAGCAAGGGAGAGCUCUGGCAAAUGAAGAGGUUGUCCAAAGGCGAUCAGAUGAAGGAAAGUACUCUCUGCUCAGACCUGACACUGAUAAGGAAAAGGUUGGAUUAUAUGAUAAACCACUUUCAUGUUUUGGAUGUGGCGUUGGAUGGUUUUCCUUUCUUCUGGGUUUUACCUUCCCACCCCUUUGGUACUUCGCUACAAUUCUCUACUUUGGAAGUUACUACCUCAAAGACCCAAGGGAACGAGCUGGGCUAGCAGCCUCUGCCAUUGCUGCUUUGAUAUGUUCGGUGGCAGUUUUGAUUGUUGCACUUGUUGUGUUCUUGUAGCCGAUCCCAAAUAGUUGGGAUAAGACUCGGACGAUGAUGACUUGCUGUGUUAUUGGAGUGCUCACGCUACCAGAUUCUGCACCAUGUUGCUCCAUUAGGCAUGGCUUAGUCAUGCACACUUGUUGUUCUUAGGCAUGACUUAUUCACGCACUCUGACUUCAAUUAUCAUCAAACGUUUGCUUGUUUUUACAUGGGGCAUGAGGUUUCCAGUACUAGAAGCACAUUUGACUGGCUGGUGGCUUUCUAGUGCAGGUCUCUUCAAAACCAAUUAGAUGCCAGUUUGAUUCUCGACUGAGUUUGCUCCUUUCAGGUUUAACAGGUAGCUGAAUGCUUGCAUGUGGUGGAAUAAAUUGUUUCAGAGGAGGAGCCUAAGCCUUGUGAUUUAUGUUGUAUUUAGUGUAUGUACAAAAAUUUGGCAUUCUUUUAACAUUUGUACCAAGUUGGUGCACUUUGUGGGUGAGUGUUGGCAGUGCAAGGUGGUUGUGUUUCUGUGGAAAGGGCUUUCCACCUCUUUCCAUAUGUUUUUUUUUUUAAUCUUUUUUUUGCUUAUUUUAGCAAUUCUGCAUAUGUUAUAUGCUUCAUUUAGAAUGUCUAUUCAAUCAACUAUGCCGUCAAUCCUAUGUUC